AUGGCAAUUGUUCUAGAUGGGAAAUGUUUGUGUUAUCACGGACCUUUGCUCUAUGAAGCCAAAGUAUUACGAGUUUACGAUGAAAAGAAUCAGACUAUUACAUCAAAGGACUACAAAGACGUGAGUAUUGACGAUGAAAAAGUAGAAUUUGAUCGUCCGCCGGAACAUAUGAGACAGGGCCAAUGCUAUUUUGUGCAUUACCAGGGCUGGAAGUCGAGUUGGGACGAAUGGGUUGGUUUAGACCGAAUCAGACCGUAUAACGAUGAGAAUUUGGAAUUGAAGAAGUCGUUGGUGGAAAAGGCUCGAGAGUUGAAGAACAAUGGUGGGAAGAAGAAAUCAGGAUCACGGCCUGUUGGCAGGCCUAGUAAGGUUGAGAAGGGCAAAAAGGCGGCCAGCCGUACCUCAAAUAGUGGCAGUGGUACUAAUACUUCGGCAAGUUCGACUUCCGCUUCUAAUCCAGCCUCAUCUUCAUCUUCUGGUACAACAGCAGCAGCUUCCAGCUCUGACAAAUCCGACCGUAAGAAGGCAACCCCAGUACUAAACAAAAGAUCACACCCUAAGAUACACAUAAAAGUCCCUAUCUCGCUUCGUUCUGUGCUUGUAGACGACUGGGAAAACGUCACAAAAGACAGAAAGCUAGUACAACUACCCAGCGAACGGCCAAUCGAACAUAUCUUGUCCCAGUUCUAUGCAGAUACUAGCAAUUCGACCUCCUCAGUGGUAGAACAAGCUCAACUCUCAGAAUUUCUGCAGGGAAUAAAACUCUACUUCAACUUAUCCCUGGGGAAAUUACUCUUGUACCGUCUAGAAAGAAUCCAAUAUGCAGAACUACUGAAAGCACACUCGGAGAAACAGUACACUGAAAUUUACGGAAUUAUCCAUCUACUAAGACUAGUCACUUUACUCCCCGAAAUGAUGGAAUCAAGCAACGUCGAUGACCAAACUGCCAAGAUCCUAGUGAAACAGUGCGACAUUUUACUCGAAUGGAUCGCCAUAAACAUCGCGAGGAAAAACUUCCCAGUAGAUCCCUACAUAAACACGUCCUCCCAAUACGAGGGGGUCGCACUAAGCAUGUAA